GUGUGUAGGGCACACACUAUCUGGCUGUGAAAGCCACACAGGCAUGAGGGCACUCUUCUGCAGUGGAGCUCAAGUGUAAGCCAGAGAAACAGACGUAAAAGAAGACAGCACUUCCUUGCCCUUCCAGGCUACCCUGCCUCUACUGGAGAAUCUGCAAUCAUGGCAAUAAACCUGCUGAAGAAUCCCAGUGGGGAAGGUUUGUGGUCAUCUCUGGUUGAGUCCCAUCUUGAUGAGUUGGCGUUCUCUUCGCUUCCCAGCUGCGGCUCAACACUUCAAUCAGAGCAGCUGGAGUUCUGGGAGCUGACGGAGAACGGAGGGAGUGGGUGGAAGGUGGAGGACAUGCCGGGAGACUGUGGCUUCGACUUCUGCAAUGAUGGUGUGACCAAGUAUUUUGCAACCUCCUUUGAGCUCUGUCUGAAGAGACAAGUGAUUGACCUGUCAGCGGGGGGUUACUCAGACGAACAGCUGGACUCUCAGCCUGCUGUCGCAGUGGAGGACUGGUACGGUGGGAGGACAGAUUGUGGCUGCUCUUACCAAAUGACUGUCUGUCUGCUGGAUGGUGAUCAGGAGGUCAUGCAGUCGUUCAAACCUGAGCCAGUGACUCUCGACCCCGACUGUGACGACUGCUCUUGGAAACAGGUCAGCCACACGUUUUCUGACUACGGCCCUGGACUGCGUUUCAUCUCCUUUGAACACGGAGGACAAGACUCAAACUUCUGGGACGGUUGGUUUGGAGUUAGGGUCACUGGAAGCUCUGUUACUGUGGAUGUCUGAUCAGGAGUGGAAGGAGUGAAGGUAAAGGAAGCUACAGAGCUAGGUCUACGGACAGAUGAGUGAUAAAGAGUAGAGUAGGUUUCAUGGUUUAUAGGACCAGCUUUACCUUACCCAGUGCUGUUGAUGCUGUGGAAACAUUGCUGCUAUGAAGGCUGUAGUAACAGAGUAAACAAACCUCCCCACAGCGGCAUGUGUGCUUUACUAACUUCCCAAUAUUUAAACAGCUGCUUGCAAUAGUCCUGAUUCAUGGUCUCUAACCACUACCCCUGCACUGUGACUUACCCCGGAGUUACACUGAAUGACGUGUUGGAGCUUUUGUAAACAGUCAAUUUCUUCAUCAUUCAAGUUGGAAUAAAAAGGAUGGAAACAGUCUAAAAGGUUCAUUUGGUCUUACUCUGUUUAUUGUGGUUCAAAGAUUCUUGUGACUAGACGAGGGUGAAGAAAACACACUGCUCUAUGUUUCUUUAUAUGAUUGAUAUGUUGAUUAUCUGCAGCAGAGGACAAACAUUGUUAUUACCCAGACAUGUGUUUGCUUUGCUGUAGAGGUGAAAAAGCACUGAAUUGAUUUGAGUACUAUCUUAUAGGCACAUAUAGAUUAUACUCCACAAAAUGUUUCUUAAAAGGAAAGAGGAACUUUGGUCAUGUGUUAAUGUUGGCGCCCCCUGUGGACAAAGCAGUGCCUCUUAUCUGUUUGCUGAUUUGCUCGAGCGCAUGAAAGAAAAGUGUUUCUACAGAAAAGCAUCCCAUCCUGCUCUCAUUCACUGUCAGUCUAACUCUCAUUCUGCUAUGGAAAUGUAAACAAAGGCUUCUCCUGCAGCAUGCUGUUAAUCCUCUCACCUGACCCCUACCCCUCACAGAGGUUACAGACAUUAAAGGUGACAUAUCAUGCAAAAUCAACUUUUUAAUGGUUCUCUACCUGAAAUAUGUGUCACUGGCAUGUCUACAAACCCCCCGAAAA